AUGAUAAAGAAGUUUAAUUUAGACAUCGUUCAAGCUGGAGAAAAGAGAUUGUUGCAGCAACACGAGUUGGACGAAUUUCGCUAUCAUGCUUAUAAGAACUCGAAAAUGUACAAGGAAAGGACAAAUAGAAUUCACGACAAGCGCAUCCAACCUCGUGAGUUUGAGCCUGGACAGUUAGUCUUGUUGUAUAACUCUAGGCUGAAGAUUUUCGGAGACAAGUUGAAGAGCAAGUGGUUUGGACCAUUGGAACUCGUUGGGGUAACCGCACAUGGGGCGGUUGAGCUGAAAUGGCUCAAUGCAGAACAGACAUUCUUGGUAAAUGGACAGAGGGUCAAGCACUACUUUGGAGAGGUCAUCAAUCCAGAGAAGACCUCGGUGGAAUUAGAAGAGGAUUGA